GCGCACGGUAAUUCAUGUACCUUAGCCUAUCAAAACCAUUGUACAUGACACUCACCCCUUCAACAAGAGCGUGAAAACACAAACACUCUAAUCUAAACUAUCUUUGACAUAUCCACCGUUCAUACUGGCGCGUAUCUACGCUUCCUACAUCUGCGAGUGGAAUUAGCACUCCACAAAUUCAAGAUCCUCUAAGGGGUAGUUUGGACAUGGCACUGUAACACCAUCUUCUUGCAAAUCAAACCCUAAAUUUGCAUUUUUGCUCUUUUUUCAUCUCAAAAUCAAGAAUUUGUAUACAUAAAUUUGUGGGUUUUGUUGAAUUCACUUCAAAGGUUUGUUCUUUAUUGGAUUCUUGAUUAUAUUAUCCAUAAAUUUGUGGGUUUUGUUGAAUACACUUCAAAGAUUAUGGAUCAUGAUAAUCAAUUGGAUGUUCCUGAUACCCCUAAUAGAUUAGCUGCUAAAAAUCUGAAUGGGAGGAGGUAUGUCAAUGUAGAGAGUGAUUUAUCUACAUUAGGGCAUUCAGGAUAUGGGAAUGUUGCUGCUGAGAAUGGAAAUCAACUUAAUGUUAAUGGUUUUGGAAGACGAAGGUUGUUUAUGCGUCCUCCAAGAAAUAUCACUAGCUCCACGAAAUCUGAAUGCCAUGCUAAUUCAUCAGCUAUUGGUAUGGGGGAUUCUUUGCCUUCAAGAAAUGGUGUUCCAUUCAUGGUUUCCUCCAUUCCUAAUUCCAAGGAGAAACAUAACUUGCAUCUUGCAAAAAGCGAAAACACAGAAUCAAAAGGUCAGCAAGACCAUCCUGUCAUAGACUUGACAAAACAAAAUGGGUCGACUCAUGUGUUUGUUAAGGCUCCUACAGUUGGAGUUCAGGAUAUUGGUCAAGUUGAAAAAUGUAGAUUGCGAUCAACACCAUCCAGCAGUGCCAGCAAAGGAAAGGAAACUGCUGAUUUAGUUAAACUUGGUUCAAGUCUUAAAUCUCAUGGAGAAAAGGAUUCUGCCACUGAUGCGCAACUUGGAGCUCGUAAGGAUGGUUCUGUAUCUCUUGUUAACUCACCAAGAGUAAUUGGGCAGAAAAGAUUGGUCCGAAAUGGAUGUAUAUCCCCACAUAACAUAGCUAAGGCCAAAAAGCCAGCUGGGAUGGAGGACCGCAAUGUUUUAGUCCAUGGGCUAACUGAUACCAGUCUUACAGUAUCAUCGGCUGGUACAAUUUCAGAUAGUGCUAAAGAAAUGAAAACUAAAGAUGAUAUCUCUACCGUAAAGGGUAAGGAGGUGGUAAUUCAUUCUUCUCCUUCGAAAGAACGUGACACAACACAUACAUCUAGCAGUGAUUCCAGUAGAGACUUGUUCAGACACUUUGACGAAUCAGGUGGAUGGAGAAGUACGCGUAACCGUAGUUCGAACAUGGACUUGUCAUUGUCCAAUGUGCGCAGGACUUCAGAAAGAGAUAGUGGUCAAGAUUCAGCUUCUAAUAGUCAAGAUUCAGCUUCUAUUAGACAUGUUUCUGGUGUAUCUGCAGGGCCGAAGGAAUCCCCUCGUGGACCUCAGUGUCGCCUAAUUAAUGGACAUCGUACUGCACCAAACACAGUUAAGAAAAGACUAAAGCAGGGACCUGCCUCAAGCAGCCAUGGUGAAUGUUCCACUUCGGUGUCUAAUGAUGUAGACGUCGUUUUGCUUACCUCACCUGAAAGUAGGGUUAAUACAAGGUCCACCAGAAACCCAAGUCAUGUAGGUACAGGCGUAGGACCAGUGAUUGAUGUGGACAGUCCCUCCUCUAACACAAGACAUGAAGGCUCUAGUAGGAAUGAAGAUGCCAGAGCCAGUCAACUAGAAGCUGAUGAAAGGCUCGCACGGGAACUCCAAGAACAGUUAUACAAUGAGGUCCCUUCCUUCGGGGGUGGCGAGAUUGAUGAAGAUGUAGCCUUGGCUUUAGUGCAGGAGGAUUUCUUACGUGCUUCCUCUGGAUCAGAGAACCAAUUACCCGGUCUUAAUGGAUCAUCGGUCACAAACGUACGUAGAAGGCAACCAAGAAAUGCACCCAACAUAUCUCGUAGAGCUUCUCAAGCUCGGGCGUCUACCUCGAAUAGGAUGGCAAGGUUGAGGAGCAGUUUCCCUGGACAACCUCGUACUAUCUCAUCUUCUAGAGGAAGAAACUCACUGUUUCCUCCUAACAUGGAUGUGGACAUGAGGAUGCAUAUAUUGGAAACAUUAGAGGCUUUCAGUAAUAUGGAUGUUGAUAGUAAUCUCCUUCAGACGCAGCGUGACUUCAAUGAGAAUGACUAUGAAAUGCUAUUGGCCCUUGAUGAGAAUAACCACCAACAUGGUGGUUCAUCCGCACGACAAAUCAACAACUUGCCACAGUCAACAGUUCAGAACGAGAGUCUUCAAGAACCGUGUGCUGUUUGUCUUGAAGCUCCUACCAUGGGGGACGUUAUCCGCCAUCUUCCUUGCUUACACAAGUUUCACAAAGACUGCAUUGACCCAUGGCUGAGUAGAAAAACAUCAUGCCCAGUUUGCAAGUGUUCAAUAACUUAACCUGCUGUAGAGAUGAUAGUUGGAGUUCAUGCCAGUUGCAGCUAGAUUCUGAUACAAUCUUUUACUUUUCAAGGUUGUUCAGAACAAGUUUUUUCUUUUGCUAUAUGGUUUCUUGCAAUUACUUUUUCUAUACUUGAUAUCCUCAAAUGCAUAGUUUAAGGUUUCAUUUAACGACGUAAAAAUAGACUUCUUACCAAAUACAGAUGUUCAUUUUUAUGAUGUUGAUGAGUGAUAGCACAUACUAGUUGUUGGUCUUGCAUGGAUGUAACUUCAUUUUGA